AUGAAGUGGGUCGUCGAAUCGUCUCCGGCGGCUGUCACCCAGCGGAGCGGAAAAACGGCGACUUUGCAGCUCUCCGGCGGCUGUCACCCGACGGAGAGGAGCUGGAUGGAGGUGGGGCGUGUGUUAGGGAGCUUCAUCCUCAGGUCCGCGCAGCAAGAGGAGGCUCUUCAUCGCAUUUGGUACGCUCUCAGGAGGUGGUGACUGGUCUCCCGGCGGAUCGUUUUCUUCCCGACGACGGCUUGUUCGUCGAUCAAUCGGAGAUGAUUUACUUGGUGGAUUCGCGAUCCUUUUAUCGCGAAUCGUUCAGCAAUUUUAGUAGCAAUGCUCCACGAAUCGCGUUAAUGAGAUUUUCGCCGAUGAUUCAGCGAUUCUCGUUGCUUAAUCCUUCCCCGGCGAUAUGCAGGAAAGUUGCGAUAAUCAAAUAAAAAUAUAUGAAUUUUGACUCUGGAAGGAUUCGAACCCGCGCCGGUCGCCCGCCUCUUCUGGGAUUUAGUCCCACAUCGGUUGUUCGCCGAUUUUUUGGGCGAAUAUAUAGUAAUGUUAGAUUUGUGAGCAAAGCCCAUUCUCUCGUGUGUAUGACCACUCCUUGCCCCACAGCCGGCUGGCCACCGGUGAUGUGGAAGGGGAGUGGCGUACGCGUGCCCUGUCGGUCCCCAAGUCAAGCCGCUCGAGCCCCUGCUCGUGGCUUACUCCCCGACUGCGCUUCCGACCUGCUCGCGGGCCUGGCUGGCCGGCGGGUCCCUCUAUUUUUGAAAUUUUUUUAUUUUUAUUUCUUGUUCUUCAUUUAUCUCAAAAGUAAGACUGUAAAAAUCGUAUAAAAUCACAUAAUUACCCAAAAAUUCAUGUUAAUCAAUUGAAAACCAAAAAUCAUUCUUUAACACAAAUAUAAGUCUAUUUAUCAUGAGUUAAGGCUAAAACUAUAUUGUUUACUAAUUAUUAACUCAUGAUAAUGAAGACUUAUCAGAGGUCUAUCUGGCCAUUUCGAUCGUGAUAAGACCAUCGCAGCGGUUGAGUAUCAGUUCUACUAGCCGACUCUCAAGCGCAAUGUAGGAAACAUCGUCGCUUAGUGUCGAGUGUGCACACUCACCAAGUAAGUAAAGAAGAAUGUUGGACUCUACAUGCCACUUCUAGUGCCAACCUGCCCAUGGGAUGACAUCAGCAUGGACUUCAUUUUAGGACUCUCGCGCACUACAUGACGACAUGACUCCUUCAUGGUGGUCAUCGAUAGGUUUUCAAAGAUGGCACACUUCGUGCCAUGUUUGAAAACCUCUGACACCUCCAAGGUCGCUAGCCUCUACUUUAGAGAGAUUGUGCGCCUUUAUGGACUACCCAAAUCCAUAGUCUCAGACCAUGACAUACGGUUUACCAACCACUUUUGGAGGACUCUUUGGAGAUUACUUGGGACUAAGCUCAAGUUCUCUACUGCUUACCACCCACAGACUGACAGCUAG